CCACACCACAUAGGCAGAUCGCAAGCAACACACACACACACAACACACAACAGGCCCAUCCCGUCAGAACCCGCCGACAGACCCGACGGAGUAUGGAAACGAGCGCUAACAAGAAGCGUACCCGUAUAAGUCUGGAUGGAGAGACAGAUACGAAGCAUGUGCCUAGUAACAAGGCCGGGGGUAAGGGGAAGGGUGGGGUGUAUGAUGGGGAUUGGGAUGAACUGGGUAGCGACCUGGUCAAAGGACUCGACCCCAGGCGCAGUGCGGGCAGGUGGGUAGGUAGAGCCAUGGUAAAUGCCACAGAUACGAAUGCCUAUGCGUACGAUGUCGAUGAGCACUCGCGCGACAGUGUGCUAGCGGGGGUGGUGGUGCACGUGGUCACUGGCAACCCGACCCGCCCACACAGGGACGAAAACCACACAGUGAUGCCCAGACCAACAGGCACUAACUCACCCGGCACACACAGGGAAGUAGGUACCAACAAGACUACCGGCACAACUGUGCAUGCAACGGACACCACGGCUAGAUGGUAUGAUCUGGCAGAGAGAAUGGGCGCCAAAUGCGUCUACGACUACGCGCCACCCCGAGACCCGGAUCCGAAUGGAGCCCCCGCCGCACGGAGUAGUUCUAUAAAUAGAUCAGCAGCCGCAGCCAAUGAAAUCACAGGUAAAAUAGACCCGGGAGCAACCAAGCCCACCCAUAUUCUUGCUCUCGACAACACAGGUGCGUGUGUCCGUGAAGCUGUGCGCAUUGGAAAGGAGGCGUUGGCGCUGGUAGUGCAGGGUGAGUGGCUUUCGGCGUGCUAUGAACAGCGAACGAGACUGGAUGUCUCGAGGUAUCUGCUUGCUUGUAAUGGACAAUUAACCAGGAGUGUUGGGUUUGGUAGCGGUAGAAGAGUGACCGCGAGUAUACACAAUCCACGACCACGGAACAACGUGUCAGCCAAUACAAAGACCACAUCGGGGGAGGUUGUGGCCGGAGCUAAUAAUGGAUCUGCAAAAGACUCUCUCCAGGGUAUAUCGCAUAUGGAUCGGUCUAUUAUAGAGUCUAGUAAGGGGUCUUUUAAAGGGCCUUCGAACGGGUCGUUUAAAGCAUCGUCGUCCGCAAACACUACAGCUGUGAACUCGAGAGCCCAUUCACCCACGAGUCAUGAGACGGCCACCGAUGACGGAGCGUCGACCGUCGAUGUGACGCUCUCGCAGAAGAUCGGAGAGAUGUUCAAGCGCCUGCCAACGUACAAAAAGCGCAAGACAUCGUCGUCACGAAAGAUACCACCCCCCCACACCACCACCAGAAGUACCCACGACACGGAAACCAGUGGCAGUGUUCAAUUGGUUAGGGCGUCAAGCACGGGUGUAACGCCGUACACGCCUGACGCUGAGGAUAGCCCGUUGGGGCACUCCGAGCUGGGCGACUCCGGUGAUGUGGUGUAUGACGAUAUUGCUGGACGCGAAAAGAUGAAUCGGCUGAAAGACGACCGCAGGAAAGCGAAUGCGCGCUUCCAUUUGAGUGCUUUCUCAACGGACGAGAAGAACAAGUUGAUCAACAUUCUCGAGCCAUUGGGCAUUAAGGUGAUUCAGGGCGAAAUCUACGAGCCGUCGUGCACGCACUUGGUCGUCAAGACACCCAGUGGGAGUGAGAAGUUCCUUGCGGCCUGUGCUGCUGGCAUCUGGGUGCUUCGAAUGGGCUACAUCAUCCAGUGUUUCCAACAACAACGCAUGGUGGACGAACUGCCGUUCAUUUGGUCUGAGCAAAACCGCAGUACAAAGAACUCGCUGAGUGAUGAGCAGUGGAACUUGGCAAAGUCCUAUGCGCACUGGCGAGUGGCCAUACAGAAGCAACGCGACAAUGGACUGCCCGUCGGCGCUUUUGUGGGGUGGAAGGUAUUAUUGCGCACCAAUAAGGACAGUGUGCUGAGGCGCAUGAUGGCUGCGGGUGGUGGUGAGGUCAUUGAAGGCACUCCACCAUACACGGACGAUUGUCUCAAACGAGCCCGCUAUUUGUUUGUGGACGAGAAGUACGACACAGAUAUGAACGUCUCCCGGUAUCAACAGUGUGGUGUCGAAUGCCUGCGACCAGAGUACAUGUUCCACUACCUACUGGAGGCUCCGAAUCUUCCCCUACUGGACAAUUAUCGAGUAAAGACUCGGGAUCGAUCUGCCGACAGCAGUCCACGUGACAGCAGCUCGCACCCGCGCAAUAACAAGUCUCGCACACACACACGAGCAACACAUGACGAACGACACGCCGGUAGCAAUAGCAAGGGAGAAAUAAGCGACAGAGAAAGUGCAGGCAAUGAGUGGGAUGGGGGUGACGGCAGUGGGGAGAGGCACAGUGCAGAACUCAUCCAGGUCGAUACACGCAGUGCACAUGGGACACGGGGCGUACCAGACAGCAGCCCAGGUAUAGGAGAGCCUAGGCCAGACGGUAAGCGAGGAGAUGGGUCUGGCAGGCAACGCGCAGCUGUGGAGGGUGUGGAUGCGACUCAUUCAGCGGCAGCGGCUGAUGAUGUGAUAGGCACACGGCGGGGCAAACGCAACCAACGACCCUCUGAGAAUGGCGCUGGCGUUCCCAAGAGACCCAAGAUGAGAGGGGUGUAGGUGUGGUUGUAUUGCUAGUACGCAUAAGAGUGUGCUGGAUACGGUGGAUGACGAUAAGAGCAUGCAGUUGGAUGAGCCGGUUGAAACCCCUAAACCCUAAAAGGCCUACACGACGCAGAGUCUGAGAAGAGAUACACUGUACAGUACUUCUUGUACACGGGUGGUAAGCGGAUCCUUCAAAGGGGCGAUAGAGUAUUUUGGGAGUGUUGUUUGAGAAGGGUUCUAAAAGAGAGUUGAGAACGGCCUUAAAAAUGUGAUCUUUGGCACGUAUACAGGGUAGUCUUGCUUCCGACCGACUGUAGGAGAUCUUGCAAUAAAUUGUUCUGCCGGUUAGCCAUGUCUACGUACCUUGGACAGGAGAAAGCAAAUCAUCCCAGACUAUACCGUUAUGGCCUACCAUGCACAGUCAUGUUGGGUUGGAUUGCAGACGCACUAUAGCAGUAGACAAAGGCUUUAUAAGAGCUUCGUACAUGGGAAAGUAUCUGACACGGCAUUGCAGGGCCCAGAAGAAUACACAUAUUCUGGAAGUGUUAGUGCGGCGUAGUAAAGCAAAAGACAAUGGCCUUAUUAAAAAAAAUCAUCACCGGGAAAAGGAGCGGAUACAUCAUUACAUG